GAACAGGUAGGGGAUGGAGUCCUAGGGGAAUAGUUAGGAGGGGACAGUCAGGGACAAGGAGAAGGGAAGCUUAGAUAGAGGGUGGGGUCCCGGGGGAUGGUUAGGGGCAGGAGUCCCGGGAGGGGGUGAUCAGGGAACAAGGAGCAGCGGGGGUUGGAUGGGUUGGGGAUUCUGUGGGUGGCAGUCAGGGGGAGGGAGUGGAUAGAGGGUGGAGCUCCCCCACAUGAAGUGUCCUCUUUUUUGAAAGUUCAAAUAUGGUAACCCUACUUUCCACCUUCUGUUUGCUAACGAACUCCUGCCUGUUAGUCAGAAUCAACCCAGAAAUGCCUGUCCCCCUAGUUAUUACGUCCAUCUUCUGAAGCAAACAGGUGUCCCCAAUAAUUCCUUUUCUAACAGGUGUCUGGGUAGUUAAAGCCCCCCCCCCCAAUUACUAAUUGUGUUUUGAAUAUUUCUGUUGUUUGCAUGAUAGAGUCGAGAACAUCCAUCUGUGAGGAAAGAGCCGGGGGGAACUGUGAUGUGACGUGACUGUCCUGUUCUGACACGUCCCCUUCUUGCCCUGACAGGCUGCAGCGUUACAUCCCAUCCUUCCAGGGAAGUGAAAUGGCUGCCGUGGAGCCAGCUCAGGGGCCGGUGACUUUCGAGGAGGUGGCUGUGUAUUUCACUAGGGAGGAAUGGGCUCUUCUGGACUCUGUUCAGAGAGCCCUCUACAGGGAUGUCAUGCAGGAGAACUAUGAGACGGUGACCUCGCUGGUAGGGUUUCCAGUUUCCAAACCUGAUAUGAUCUCCCAGGUGGAACGAGGGGAAGAGCCGUGGGUUCCAGACCUCCGUGGCUCUGAGAAAGAAGUGCUUCCAAGAGCUGCCUGCACAGGUAGUGACCUGUGUCUGGAUUCUCUCUGUCUCCCAUCAGGUGAUGGGAUGGUGAGUGAGAAUGAGGAGGAGAAACCCCAUCAGGAAGAUGCUGAGCAAAGAGAAUCACAUGGAAUGUCAUCAGGAAGAUCCAAAGAGAAUGUUUCCAGGAGUUGUGCACUCCCAGAAAAACCAAAAGCCUGUGAGACUCAGGGGAAGCCAGAGGGAAACUUUAGUAGCCUCUCAGUCCUUAAAGCAAGCGGUAGAAUCAACUUGGACGAGACAUGCUACACGUGCACUGAGUGCGGGAAAAGCUUCAAUCGGAGCUCACACCUUAUCACACAUCAUAGAAUCCACACAGGAGAGACGCCCUACACAUGCGCUGAGUGUGGGAGAAGCUUCAAUCAGAGCUCUACCCUGAACACACAUUGUAGAAUCCACACAGGAGAGACGCCCUACACAUGCACAGAGUGUGGGAAAAGCUUCAAUCAGAGCUCUACCCUGAACACACAUCGUAGAAUCCACACAGGAGAGACGCCCUACACAUGCACUGAGUGUGGGAAAAGCUUCAAUCGGAGCUCUACCCUGAACACACAUCGUAGAAUCCACACAGGAGAGAUGCCUUACACAUGCUCUGAGUGCGGGAGAAGCUUUAAUCGGAGCUCACACCUUAUCGGACAUCAGAGAAUCCACGCAAGGGAGAUGCCCUACACAUGCUCUGAGUGCGGGAAAAGCUUCAGUCAGCGCUCACACCUUAACACACAUCAGAAAAUCCACAGAGGAGAGACGCUCUACACAUGCGCUGAGUGUGAGAAAAGCUUCAGUCAGCGCUCACACCUUAUCAGACAUUGUAGAAUCCACACAGGAGAGACGCCCUACACAUGCGCUGAGUGUGGGAAAAGCUUCAAUCGGUGCUCAAACCUUAUCAGACAUCAGAGAAUGCACACAAGAGAGACGCCCUACACAUGCUCUGAGUGUGGGAAAAGCUUCAAUCGGAGCUCUACCCUGAACACACAUCGUAGAAUCCACACAAGGGAGAUGCCCUACACAUGCUCUGAGUGCGAGCAAAGCUUCAGUCAGCGCUCAAGGCUCAUUAGACAUCAGAAAAUGCACAGAAGAGAGAAUUGUAAUAAAUCUCUUGACUAGGGUUGGCAAAAACGAUUUUUUUAAAAAAAAAUCACAUUAGUUAAUUCCCACAUAGUGAUUUUUGCAUCAUCUUCACCGUGGUGUCUCAGCUCCACCAGAUAAGUUGCCGCCUUCUGCCUUUUGCAGCUCAUCCUUCUUUGGGGUCAGUCCUAUGAUCUUUUCUAUCAACUCCUUUCCUUUUGAGUCAUAGGAGUGUGUAUCCCUCAAGCCAGGAAUGUUCAUGAGUUCCAAGUUGGGGAGAGAGGUUUGAUCCCAGCAAGGUACACUGAGGCAAAAACUACUUGUGCCUUCCAUCCACGAGGACUGUAGAUGGCGUUAGCUGCUCAAGUUAGUGAUCUUAAUAUAAAAAGUUGUAGUGCAGAUGCAGCCCAGGUGCAGUGGUUGGCAUUAGCUUUCCCCUUGACCUGACUUAAACUCCAUCACUGUUCCUAGUCUAAACUAACCCUGAGCAUCACGGUUAUCCUGUUCCCCCAUUUCAAAGCAAUUGUUAGUCAUCGAGUUCUCCCUUGGGGAACAAAUUGUUUCAUUCCCAGUUGUUCUGAUGUUGCUUCAGGUUGUGCUGGAGAGCAGAUAUUUUCAUUAUUAUUUUCCGCACUUAAAAUAUAUUGAACUAUAACAAAGAGCAGGAGGAAGGCAGGGAUAGGGAAAAAUGUCAUUUCAUCCUCUAUAACAGACAUUGUUAGGAUAUGUCUGAAAGAGUCCCUUAUUCCCCAUCACUGUCCUCCUUCAAUCCAUGCUAGAACCUAAGAAUCCUUUUCCUUUCCCCAGUUGUGGGAUGGGAGACUUCCAAAACUGCUCCCUGUGCUAUAGCACAUGGCUAAGCUCAGAGAAUAAACCCCAAAUCUCCCCUGAGCUUAGCUUUUUGAAUUCUGUAUUUCCGAUUGCUUCAAGCCUGGGCAUUUUGAUUAUUAACCAGUUUCUCUAGCACUGUUCCUACCACUGUUUCUGUAACAUAUUUUGUUUUUUAGGGGACAGGGUUAUUAUUCCUUUGCCUAACCCCAACCUGGAAGGCCAGGGUGUCUAUUUUCUCUGGCCCCUCCCCACAGACAAAUCUGACAGGGUUGAACCUGCCUGGAGCAAACAAAAAGCCCCACCGGUCACACAAACAAAGCGGAUAGACACACACAAGACACAGAAGAAACUGAAUAAUGUGAGCUAUCAACAUUUCCACUUUCUCGCAGCAUGUUAGUUCUGAAGCUUGUUUUAAUUUCUUUUCUUGGAACCAGAACUGGGGAAAGAGAACACUGGAGUCAGUGGAAUUACAGCAGGAAGGGAUAAGUCUCAUGAUUCGUCACUAACCAAAGCUUUGUAAACAGAGCGAUAAUGUUACUGAAUGGUCUGGCUAACCCUGCAGUUAGAAACAAUCAGCUCUAUGGGUGGUAAAUUGACAGAGGCUUUGCUGCUGAACAUGAAAUAGCAGCUGUUGAAAGGUAAUAUGCUUCUAUUUCAAUGCCUCUGGAAGUACAGAAAACAGUGAUCUAUGUUAAAGGCAAGUUGCCAUUUCUCAGUGCCCCAAUUUCUAUUGUAUGUGUACAGGAAGGUUUGAAUGUGUAGCAGGUAGUUUGGUAAAGCUUAGCUAUUUUGUGUGUGUAACAGGCUCCUGCCCACCUCCAGCAGAGGUUUCAGUCACAUACUAUGGCAACUUACCGAAUGUCAAACAAAUUAGUCCAUUCCUCCCCAUAGUCAGUCUCUGAUGGGAAUGUUAGAAUGAUGCAGAGAAGUGGGAGAGUAUCGCAGUAGGAAUACAUUAAAAAAGUGGGAUUAAUCGGAGCUGUGAUGCAGACAGAGCCUGUUCUAGAGCUGGUGAAGUGACAGGGACACACUCCCACUAGUGCUGGCUCUGAGAUAACAGCAGAAGCAGACUGAGGAGAAUGAGCUCCUGUGGGAGCUAUGGGCAGCUGCCCUGUCAGUGCACCACUCACCUGGCAGGUGUUACACAAAACACAGCACUUCCCAUCUGGAAGAGAAACACUUCCCCCUUUGCCACUACUUCAUUAUACCAUCCAUGAGGCUGUUUGUCGUGCAGGACUUUGAUCUCUUUGGGUGGUCUAUGGUGAUUCAUAAAAGAGCCAUUAGGGGAGCAGGAGUCAUCCCAAUGGAAAUCUCUUCACUUCUUUCUCAGUGUUACCUUCUUAGCCCUGGCUUUGGAGAUGACCUUCGCCUUAUCCUAUCUUGAUUUUAGGUAGGAUUUUGAUCACCUUCUGGGGCUUGGCAGCUUAGGCCUUUUGUGGGCUUUUCUCUGCCUUUUUGGUCCCCGCUGCAGUCAGUACAUGCUAGACAUGGGCAUGGUGACCUUCCUGAGGUUCUUGACAGCUUUAGCCAGCUUUUUGGGGGCUAUUUUCCUGCUCACAGCCACUGUCGUCUUCUCAUGCCUUGUCCUGGGGCCCAGCUGCUGGUUGAAUGUGAAGGAGCCAAAGUGCCGGUGACUUUAGCCCGCACCAAGUUGCCUUUGCUCGCCAGACUCCUGAACCCCAACUGAACGUGGUUCUUCUGCACAGCACAGCUGUGGAGAAGAGGGAUCUGCAAAUGUACAUUCCUAUGAUCCCUUUGUUUAAUGGAUGAAAACAUAAAGCAGA